GUUGAUUCAUUUCAAACAAUUUUUGAUCAAUGCACGAACUGAUCAAUGUUCAAGUAUAUGUUUCAGUUUGCGUUUGGCGCUUCCUUUGUUUAAAUGCAUAAAUCUUCAUUUAAAUUCAUUGCGCGCGAAUAUUUGUAGCGUUCUAUUCAAAUUUGGAUUUCAGAAAGUUAGAAUAAUAACAAAUAAUUAUAACAAUUACAUGCUUGAUAAGUAUGGAGUUAGUGGAUCGUAAUCAGUCAACAGUGUUGAAACAAACGAUGAAAAAUUCAGUGAAUGUUGUGAGUAAUAAAUUUUCAAGAAUAGACAGUCAAUUAAUAAAUGAGAAGUUGAACAAAAAAUGGACAAUGAAAACACUGCUGAAAAAGUCAAAACCUAAAUCAGAAUGGGAUAAAUACGCAGUAAUUGAUCGUUCAAAUUGGUUUAAAUCACAAAUGGCGAACAGUCCAAGUCCUACACAUUAUUAUGUGAAACGAUUAGUUAUACAACAUCCACUUAGCUAUGGUUUCAAGAAUACUGGUAGACUAAAGGAAUAUCCAAAACUGGAUGACAAUAAUCAUGGACUAUGGCUUCUUCCCGGUGCGUAUGACAUUUGUAAAGUUGAUGAAAGAUUGAAUCAAUGUCAUCGAACAUAUUCAUUUAAAAGUAUGCCGCGAAGGUUCAAUGAUAUUCUCUUUGGAUUACAAGAUAAAAAUUUAUAUCUAGCUCCUGGACAAUACAAUCCAUAUAGUGAAGAUUGGAGUAAGAACACCCAAUUCCCUUCAUAUCAUAGUGUAUUCAAGUCAAAGUGCCCUAGGUCUGUUGUCAGUCUAAAACAUGAUGAUGUACCACCUCCCGGUGCUUAUAAUAUAUCGUCUCGAGAGAAAAGUGGAAUAACUUCACCAUUUGUUUCACAGGUACCUAGAUUCAAACGUUCAAAAUCGUUUGUUCCAGGCCCUGGCACAUAUGAAAUCAAUGGAGAACUUCAGCGACCAGAAAGUCUACGUAAAAUGGGUACGCAUUGUGGAUUAUUUUUCCGAGAUUAUAGUGAUAACCUCGAUGUGAACAAUAAAUGAUAACAUCAUCGUACAAUAUUUACAUUAGUCUACCAAAGAAUUUUUCACAUUGAAUGUCGAAUAAAAUGAAACAUGUUUUUCAGAA